AUGCAGAACUACGAAUCCGCAGAGCUCUCAGCCGAGCAGCUGGAGGCGCACUUCCGUGCCGAUGAGGCCAAGGGCCUCAUGAUUUGCACCACCGAGGCGGAGGCCAAGCGGCAAUACGGGGAGCAUUCGGUCCUCAUUGCGGCGAUGGGGGCCAUCAUGAAGCCGAAUGGGGACAUCAGGCCAUUGCACGACGGGACACAUGGCAUUGGCUUGAACAAUCGCAUUCGGAUACAAGAUGCUCUACAUUUCAAAGGCGGCAUCACGGUCGACUUCAUAGGAUAUCACAUUGCUUAUCAAGGCUGGGCAGCCGGGAUCUCUGAGCGCCGUGCUGGAUGGAUCAUCGGUUGGAUUGAUGAUUGUGAAGCUGGGGGAUGGAUGAUUGCGGGGCGCCGCUUGACUGAGUUCACGGGUCGCCUCAACUUUGUGGCGCGGCUACUCCUCUGGAUUCGUCCGUUCUUGGCACCACUAUUUUCUUUCCAGGCUGUGCUGAACAGAGGGACUGUGGCGAGGGCACCGACUAUGGUCUGCAUCGCACUCACCUUCUUGCGGAGUGAGCUUAAAAAGGGUUCACGCCUUGAAAGUGUUCUACAGCCUUGGCCGGAUCCUCGUCAAGCUUUUCGCACAGACGCCAAGUGUGAAACUGGUCGGGUCGUGUUGGCGGGCUGGUCGUUGAAGAAAGGGCUCAAACCUUCAGAUGCCGCUUGGUUCGCAGUGGAGAUCCUUCCCUCACAACUUCCCUGGUUGUUCAAGGAAGACGGCUCCAGCCAAUGGGCAUCAACUACGGCCGAGCUCCUCGCUUCGUAUGCUGCUCUUCAUGCCUUUGGCCACUUGGCAACAAAUGGGCGACGGGACAACUUGAGGCUGGUUGUGAAUGCUGGCACAGACAACCGUUCGACGCCGGCUAUCCAGCAAAAGGGAUUGAGCAAUAAGUGGCCAGUGCAAGCGGUUCAUAUGCAGAUGGUCUCGCGACUGCAUGCAUGUCAUAAGAUCUGCCGCCUUCAGUGGCGGCCCAGGGAAGAGAAUGUGGAGGCUGAUGAUUUGACCAACUUCAAAUUUGAAAAGUUUUCACUUGCCAACCGGAUCAUCGUUGAGCU